AGAAACAUGCUGGCCCAGAUUUCUCAGUUUCUUGCUGUUGACCCAAGCAAUUUUCCUAAAAAUGAGCAUAUUAUUGUCGGUGAUAGGUCCCAGGAAGGUGGUUUCUUGAUACAUUAUUUCCUAAACUUGUGUCUGAAGCAAAAGAGACCUGUAGUUUUCGUCGGUCUGUCCCAGUCUUUUAGUCAUUACAAUACUGUUGCCCAAAAGCUUGGGACCAACCUACUUUUGGCCCGGGAUGAGAACAAAAACCUAAUUUUCAUAGAAGGUCUAAAUCUGCUAAGUGACUGUGUGCGUCUAUAUCCUAGUGAUUCAACUGAAUCUAAUAGUUUUUUCAGUCUUUUAAAAGGUGAUAUUACAUUUUUUCUCGAAGAAAUUGGUAAAUCUAUUUCUAAUUUUACCAAACUAGAAUCACCAAAUGCCCCAGUUGUUAUUGUUGAUGAUUUAUUUAUCCUCCUGAGAGCAGGGGCUACUACAAGAGACAUAAUCUAUUUGGUUGAUACCCUCUAUGAUUUGUUAACAUCAGGACCAAAUAAAGGUUCAUUAAUUCUAUUAUCACAUCUGGAAAAUAGCGAUGAUGAAACAGAUGAAGCCUGGGCUUAUAUGCGUCAAAUGUGCAGCAUAAAAAUUGAGGUUUCAGAUCUAAAAUCAGGCUAUUGCAAAGAUGUACAUGGACAGGUAUGCACUGUAAAUCACUUUGAUCAAUAA